UCCGAACGAUUCCGCAUUGAAAGGAGAAUGCGGCCAGUAUAUGACUGACAAUGAAGGUCUUCGGUGGACUCAGGACGAGUUGCUUGGGAUGUUGAAGAAGAAGGAGGCGAAAGUGACUGCCCUGAGGAGUGCAUUCGCAAAAAUUGAGGCGAAUGCACGAUCAAUGCUUGAAAGUUUCCUGGAAAGGAAACGAAGUGAAGAGGUGAGAGAUUGGUCUUUGUCUGGUAGUAUGGACGCGAAGAAGGAGGAGAAUGUUGGCGAGGACAUUGUCAGCCAACUCACAACUUUAAUCCAAUCCUCCAUUAGAAAUGACUUGCUUGACCAAGUUGUUGAGCUUAGUACUAAAGUCGAUCCGCAUGUGUCCCAAAAGUGUGAGUAUUUGCGUCUACGCUGUGAAACAGUCGAGAGUGGAUUGAGAAAAUUGUUGUCGGCGGGUGCCUUGCCAUCGAUUGAUCCUUCUUUUGCAUCAAAGGUGUUUGAGCUUCCAUUAGGUCGAACUUUAGAAGAGCUUUCGAAAAGUUGUUUGAUUGGUCUGUUGCAAUCAUUGCGAACAGUUGGUGUGGAGCUUGCACAAAAAAAUGCGCUUUUGGAGGUGCAAAAUACAAUGAGGUUUCCGAUAAGCGAUAGCCAGUUGAGAGCGACAGUUGUUACUCUCGGACAAUUCUACAAGGAGGCACAAGAAGAGUUAAUGGACGCUGUGUUUCAACAUAGUUUCUCGGAUCAGUGCGGUGAGGGACUGACGGAUGGCAUGAUGGCGAGUUACAAGGAACAGUUGUAUAGCCUCAGAAUUUUGUUAGCAAAUAUCAUUGUUGUUCAUUCCCCGGUGCGGGUUAUGAAGGAAAUGGGUCAUGUAAAAAAAGAAUUGAAUGCUCUCGCGAGCAUAAAUAAAAAGCAUGAGACCAGAUUGCAUGAGGUGGUGCUUGCAUUGGUUGAAGCUCUGAGGCGUCGAUGUCCAAAGUGUGGCCGCCUAAGCUAUUUAACAAAGGGGGACUAUAGAAAGAUAAAUGAUUUGACGGUUGUUACACCUACGUGUGACAACACGACAAACCUUUAUCACCAUGGAGAUGUUGUUGAUGAUGAUGACGAGAAGUUUCCAAUGGAAGAAAGGAGAAGGCAGCUUCAUGUGCAGGACAAUGUAGAUGAAUAGUGUGGUUUUUCUUUGUGGUCGCAUAUGCAACUGCUGGUGUUCGAGUGAGAAUAGUAGGAGAGGGAGGAGCUAGAGUGGGAAGGAGUACGGGGACGUGGGGUGGAAUGACGAGCAGGAAUGCGUGCUUUCACAUUUGUUCAUUUCAUUGAUGAUGAUGACACUUGAAUGGGUUUAUGAUAAAAUGCUUAAAUUCUA